AUGACGAACAGUAAAGGCAGAGAAAUUCUAAUAGAAGCCGCUCCACAACGUUUAGAAACUGUUUAUAAGGAAAUAUUUACUGACGAAGCAUUGCAAUUUGUGGCGCAGCUAGUAUCGCAAUUUGACCCAGAAGUUGAGCAGUUGUUACACAAUCGAGUGAAACGUAAAUUAUUGAUUCAAGAAGGCAAAUGGACUCCGGAGUUCUGCAACCACAGUGAGGCUAGAGAAUGGACAAUCGAUGCUUUGCCGGAACGAUUGCGCAAUAGAAAACUAGAUCUUGGUGAUGUGAGUCCAGCCAACACGGUCCACUUUACCGAUUGUUUGUAUGCGAACGUUCAGGGACUACAGGUUGAUUUCGACGAUGGCCACUGUCCUACCUGGCGUAAUACGGUGCAAGGCCUAUUUAAUGUAACGCGAGCGAUACACGGCAAGUUACAGGGUGCCCCAGCAGAUGUGCAGUCGUACCCUUUGCUCAUGUUGCGCCCAAGGGCAUUCAACAUGAUCGAGCAUCACUGCAUUGUAAAUGGGAAGGAAGUGAUUGGUCCACUGUUUGACUUUGCUAUGCUCAUGUACCACAAUGCUCGUCAGAUGGCAAGCCUUGGUAUAGGGCCUUACUUAUACCUUUCAAAGAUAGAAGAUCCGAGUGAAACGAUGCUGUGGAACAAAAUCUUUACGUGGACCGAGAAUCAACUAAGCCUGCCAAAGGGAACGAUCAAAGCUUGCGUAUUGAUUGAAAAUAUCCUCGCAGCCUUCUGUAUGGAGGACAUCCUUUACUCGAUCAGGGAUCAUGCGAUCGGGCUGAACUGUGGGAUUUGGGACUACUGUGCGAGCAUUAUUGCUAAGUUUGGUUGGAAAACCGAAUUUCUUCUUCCCGAUCGCAACAAAUAUGUCAACUUGGGUCAACCGUUUUUAAGAAAUUACAUGCGAUUACUGAUCAACAUAUGCCAUAAAAGAGGUGCAUUGGCAACUGGUGGUAUGGCUGCAAAAAUUUUACCAAGAGGAAAGGAAAAAUCUAUGUUAACUGAUGAAGAUAUAAUAGAAAGCGUUAAAUUGGCCAAAUCGGUUGAAAUUGAUUCCGGUGUAGACGGGUUCAUGAUUUACGAUUUACGGAUGGUUGAUGCUAUCAAUGAUCUAUGGGACAGUAAACUUGACUGCGAGAACCAGCUUAAUAUUUUGCCCAUCAUCAAUCACAUCACAGCCGAUAGUUUGCUACAGAUUCCGCAGGGAGGUGUAACGAUCGAUGGUUUGAACAAUAAUAUUACGGUGGCACUUCUAUUCAUUUACCAUUGGCUAACGGGCAGUGGUGUUUUCUUUAUGAAUGGAUCAGUAGAAGAUUCAGCGACAGCGGAAAUUUCACGAUCGCAGCUGUGGCAGUGGAUCCGCAUGGGAGCCGUUUUGGAGGACCGAGGAAACACUAUCGUCACGCGUAUGUUAGUUUAUCAAAUGAUGGAUAAAAUUAUCUCAGCAGCUUACCGUGCAUGGUGCAUUACGCCUCCCGAUCGUAAACGAUUGCUUUCCGCGAAAUACAUGCUGCUGGACAUUAUUUCUUCGCGACACUACAUCGAAUAUAUCACGACGCACCUUAACGAUAGUCACAAAUUUCGAACACUGCACAAUAAAAACGACGGUCUGAUGGCUAAGUUAUGA